GUGUUUUGGUUGUUGCGUUCGACCAGCAAUCAGAGAAUCCGAAACGUUUUUAGUUAAUUCCGUCGUUACCGCUCCAUCGCUCGUCAUUCAGUGCUUGACGCGAGUCUGCGCCAGUCUGAACCGUGUCCCACGCCUGCAGUCGCAUUCACGUCUUUCGAUAAUUGUUGUCAAUCAUCCGAAUAAUCGAAUGCAAAUUGUGGCGUGGAAUCUCUCUCGCAUGUGUCACACUGUCCGGAGUUAAAAAUAACCGGUAGACUUUCGGGAAGUUAAAACGCGAUUUUCACUUUACACUGUGUCUAGACUCUUUGUGUUGGACACUGUCGCAACCCUUGAAAAAACUGUCAUAGACCUUAAACCUUGAGGCCCUUGGGAGCACACAACGUGCGAGAAUCGAUUUGUUGUGUCGUUUGAGGAGGGAACAUUAUUUAAUUCUGGGCUACGUUAAGUGAACUUAUGGCUGAAUCGUGGCAAGGGCCACCCAAACAAGGCUUGUACGAUCCGUCGUUUGAGAAAGACGCUUGCGGUGUCGGUUUUAUUGUCUCCAUCGAUGGCCGCCGAUCGCAUAAAAUCGUGCGCGAUGCGCAGCGAUUAUCCAUCUCGAUGAACCAUCGCGGCGCAUGCGCCUGCGACAAUGACACCGGUGAUGGUGCCGGCAUCUUGGCCGCCAUUCCGCAUGAUUUCUAUCACGCUCGACUAAAAGAUUCCGACAAUGUGCAACUGCCAUCGUUUGGAAAAUACGCCACCGGUAUAUUCUACUUAGACAAAUUACACCACCAUGAAUCCGAAUCGAAGUUUGCGGCCUUGGCGCAAGAGAUUGGCCUGUCUGUCAUUGCAUGGCGCACGGUACCAACUGAUUCCUCAACGAUUGGUACAGUCGCGCGGAAUUCCGAACCGUUUAUGCGGCAGGUAUUCGUGCAAUCGAAUGCGGCGAUUAGCGAAGCUGAUUUUGAUACGAAAAUCUUCGUGCUGCGUAAACGCGGCACGCAUACCAUACCAGCACCUGGCAAACGCUUCUAUGUCUGCUCGCUGAGCAGACGCAUCAUUGUCUACAAGGGACAAUUGACCAGCGAUCAAUUAUGGACGUAUUUCUUGGACCUGAGUGAACCUAUGUUUGAAACUUAUCUUGCAUUGGUCCAUACGAGGUUUUCUACGAAUACUUUUCCGAGUUGGGAGCGUGCACAUCCUCUGCGUAUGUUGGCCCACAAUGGCGAAAUCAACACACUGCGUGGUAAUGUCAAUUGUAUGAAAGCCAGGGAGGGUGUUAUGCACAGCGAUGAAUUCGGGGAUGAUCUUCAGAAGUUGUACCCGGUUGUAGAACCGAAUUUAUCCGAUUCCGGAUCGGCUGAUUGUGUUUUGGAGUUUUUGGUACACGCGGGUAAAAGAUCCCUACCGGAAGCUGUUAUGACAAUGGUACCGGAAGCAUGGCAGAAUGAUCCAACAAUGUCUGAAGAGAAAAGGAAUUAUUACCAUUGGGCUGCGUGUACCAUGGAACCAUGGGAUGGUCCUGCUUUGAUUUCGUUCACUGAUGGACGCUACAUCGGCGCCAUCUUGGAUCGUAACGGUUUGCGACCAUCGAGGUUUUAUCUAACCAAAGAUAACACCAUGAUAAUGGCUAGUGAGGUUGGUGUUUACGAUGUGGAUCCUGCUGAAGUAGUGCUGAAAAGCCGCCUUAAACCUGGUAGGAUGUUAUUGGUGGAUACUGAAGAGAAGAGUUUCAUUCAAGAUGUCGCUCUGAAGCAACACAUUGCCCAAUCACGACCACAUACUGAUUGGUUAAACGAACAGAUCACAAUGGAUGAUCUUCGUAAGGCUCACUUGGAAGCCGGUCACCCGCCGGAAGCAACAUACGCGCCGAGUGGUCUAAGCGAUAAACGUUUAUCGAUGUAUAACUACACCACCGAAACCAUACGCAUGCUAUUGUUGCCAAUGUUGAACGAUAAAAAGGAAGCCCUAGGCUCGAUGGGUAACGAUGUGCCACUUGCUUGUCUCUCGCAGUUUACUCCUUUGUUAUACGAUUACUUCAAGCAGCUUUUCGCGCAAGUUACUAAUCCGCCUAUUGAUCCAUUCCGAGAAAAAGUUGUUAUGUCUUUGGAGUGUCCCAUUGGGCCACAGAAGAAUAUUCUGGAGCCCAGUGCUAAGCACGUGCAUAGAUUAUGGUUGAGACAACCGAUUAUGUCUAUACAUAAUUUAGAAGUGUUGAAACUGACGACGCAUCGUGAUUGGACAACGAAAGUCAUUGAUACCACCUAUGAUGUAGCAUUGGGACCGUCAGGGAUGUUGACACGUUUGCAGGAGAUAUGUGAUGAGGCCAAUGAAGCAAGCAAAAAGAAUCAAAUUUUGGUGUUGUCUGAUCGUCGUGCAUGCGAGAAUCGUGUGCCAAUUAGCAGUUUACUAUCGCUUGGUGCUGUUCAUCAUCAUUUGAUUGAAACCCGUGCGAGGAUGAAGGUGGCGCUGGUUGUCGAAACAGCAGAGGCUCGUGAGGUGCACCAUAUUUGUGUUUUGUUAGGUUAUGGCGCAGAUGCUAUCUGUCCGUAUUUACCUUUGGAACUAGCGAGGUCUUUGAGGGAAAAUGGCGUGCUUGAUGCAAUGUAUACUGAUGAGGUUGUGUUUAACAACUAUGCAACCGCUAUGCAGACUGGUAUCAAUAAAGUAAUGGCGAAAAUGGGUAUUUCUACACUGCAGUCAUACAAAGGAGCGCAAAUUUUCGAAGCUGUUGGUUUGGCUGAUGAUGUUGUUGAUAAGUGUUUUAAAAAUACUCCGUCUAGGAUUGGAGGAGUUACUUUGGAGAUUUUAUCAGGGGAAGCUUUUGAAAGACAUAGAAAUGCGUAUCAACUAGCGAUAGAUUCACGUAUUUUGAGGGAUAUAGGCAAUUACCAUUGGCGAGCUGGUGGUGAGAAACAUCUGAAUGAACCUGCAAGUAUCGCAGCGUUGCAGGAGGCGGCAACUAACAAGAGUAAAAGUGCUUAUGAGAAAUUCUGCGAGUCUAACAUGGAAUCGGUGCGUAAUUGCAUGUUGCGUGGUCGUUUGGAGUUGCGUAAACUGGACCAACCGUUACCAUUAUCUGAAAUAGAAUCUGCAGCUGAGAUUGUUAAGAGAUUUGCGACUGGUGCGAUGAGUUUCGGAUCGAUUAGUAUUGAAGCACAUCAAUCGCUAGCGUUGGCUAUGAAUAAAAUAGGAGGCAAGAGUAAUACCGGUGAAGGUGGUGAGAAUCCGGAGAGAUAUUUAGAUUCUGAGAAGCGAUCAGCUAUCAAACAAGUUGCGUCUGGGCGAUUUGGAGUGACAUCUUCAUAUCUGGCGCAUGCGGAUGAUUUGCAAAUCAAAAUGGCGCAGGGUGCCAAACCAGGUGAAGGUGGUGAAUUAGGAGGAAAUAAAGUUACGGUUGAUAUUGCAAGAACAAGACAUUCGGUUGCUGGUGUCGGGUUGAUUUCCCCGCCACCACAUCACGAUAUCUAUUCAAUUGAGGAUCUGGCUGAGUUGAUUUACGAUUUGAAGUGUGCUAAUCCAGACGCGAGGAUUUCGGUGAAACUUGUUUCCGAAGUGGGUGUUGGUGUGGUUGCAUCCGGUGUGGCCAAAGGUAAAGCCGAACAUAUUGUUGUUUCCGGUCAUGAUGGUGGUACUGGUGCCAGUAGCUGGACUGGUAUCAAAAACGCAGGUUUACCAUGGGAGUUGGGUGUUGCUGAGACCCAUCAGGUGCUGGUUUUGAAUAAUCUACGAUCACGUAUUGUCCUGCAGGCUGAUGGACAAAUUCGUACAGGUUUUGAUGUUGUGGUUGCUGCUUGCUUAGGCGCAGAUGAAAUCGGAUUCAGUACCGCACCACUAAUUGUCCUCGGUUGUACCAUGAUGAGGAAAUGUCAUUUGAACACAUGUCCUGUAGGUGUCGCUACACAGGAUCCUAUUCUGAGGAAAAAAUUCACUGGACAACCGGAACAUGUUAUCAAUUAUUUGUUUAUGGUUGCUGAGGAGGUGCGUGUGCACAUGGCGGCUAUAGGUGUGCGCACUUACCAGGAGUUGAUUGGACGCACUGACUUUUUGAAACCUCUGGAAACAGGGAAUACAAAAGCGAAACUUUUGAAUCUGAAUUUGAUUCUGCAGAAUGCGCUGCACAUGCGUCCUGGUGUGAAUAUAAAGGGUGGAUCAAACAAACAGGACUUCCAGCUAGAACAGCGAUUGGAUAACGAGUUGAUUAAGCAAGCAGCGGGGGUUAUAGAUGGCGCCACUAAGAGUGUAUCCAUUGCGAUGAAGAUACACAAUGAAUGCAGGGCGUUUGGAAGCACUCUCAGCUAUCACAUAUCCAAGAAAUAUCACGAGGAGGGUCUCCCAGAUGGUUACUCCAUCAAUAUCAAUUUAACAGGAUCUGCUGGUCAGAGUUUCUGUGCGUUCUUAGCCAAAGGCAUCACUUGUACCCUAGAAGGUGAUGCGAAUGAUUACGUCGGUAAGGGAUUAUCAGGUGGUACCAUUAUAAUCUACCCUCCGAAGGUGUCACCUUUUGAAUCUCAUCUGAAUGUUAUUUGUGGUAAUGUUUGUUUGUAUGGUGCUACAAGUGGUAAGGCAUUCAUGCGUGGCAUAGCAUCCGAACGUUUCGCCGUUCGUAAUUCGGGUGCUACGGCUGUGGUUGAAGGUGUAGGUGAUCACGGGUGUGAAUACAUGACGGGUGGGACGGUUUUGAUUCUGGGCUUGACUGGUCGCAACUUUGCUGCUGGUAUGUCCGGUGGUAUCGCCUACGUUUGGGACAUUGAUGGUACCUUCAAAGCCAAAUGUAAUCAUGAAAUGGUGGAGCUAUGCAAAUUGGAAAUAGCUGAAGAUAUAGAAUUAGUUAAGAAUUUACUAAAGGAAUUUGUCGAGAAUACGGGUAGUCUAGUCGCGCAGAAAAUCCUCGAUGAUUUCGAUGCGAAGGUGAAGGAAUUCGUUAAAGUUUUCCCUUAUGAUUACCAGCGUGCUAUCAAAGAAGGUGCGUUGGUUACCAAAGAGGUUAAGACCAAUGGUGUUAUGAAUGGUAAUGGCGCAGAGCCGAAAAUUCAAGAUAUAGAAGAUGCUGUACCGAAUGUAUCGGUAGAGGUUAAAAAUGCCGAGAGAGCUUUAGAUAAAACACGAGGUUUUAUGAAGUAUCAACGUGAAACUGUCAUGUAUAGGCCACCGGAGAAACGUCUCAAGGAUUGGGAUGAAAUUUACAACUUUCAGCAUGUCCGUAAAGGAUUGCGGGUACAAGCAGCGAGAUGCAUGGAAUGUGGUGUGCCUUUCUGUCAAUCAAACAGUCAUGGAUGCCCGUUGGGUAAUAUCAUUCCAAAAUGGAACCUGUUAAUAUUCCAGAAUCAAUGGCAGCAGGCUUUGAAUCAUUUAUUGCAAACUAAUAAUUUCCCUGAGUUCACCGGGCGUGUUUGCCCUGCUCCUUGUGAAGCUGCUUGCGUAUUGGGCAUUAGUGAACCCGCAGUUACCAUUAAAAACAUUGAAUGUGCCAUUAUUGAUCAUGCGUUUGAAAACGGAUGGAUCCAACCGCAAUUGCCACCCAUCCGAAGUGGAAAACGUGUCGCCAUUGUUGGUUCCGGUCCAUCUGGUCUAGCUUGCGCUCAGCAGCUUAACAAAAGCGGUCAUUUGGUGACUGUGUUCGAACGCAAUGACAGAAUUGGUGGAUUAUUGCAAUAUGGUAUUCCGACGAUGAAACUUAGCAAGACUGUAGUACAGCGAAGAGUAGAUCUGCUCGCAGCUGAAGGUAUCAUAUUCCAAACCAACGUCAAUGUGGGUAAAGACAUUUCGGCGAAAGACCUCUGCGAAGAAAAUGACGCCGUUGUAUUAUGCACGGGUGCAACAUGGCCGCGUGACCUACCAUUACCUGGUCGUGAACUAGGUGGAAUUUACUUCGCGAUGGAAUUCCUAGAAAGUUGGCAGAAGCGUCAAUUGGGCGGAACCGUCGAAGGACCACAUGCCAAAGAUAAACAUGUCAUUGUCAUUGGUGGUGGUGAUACCGGCUGUGAUUGUAUUGCUACUUCAUUGCGUCAUGGCGCUGCGUCAAUUACAACAUUCGAAAUUCUCCCCGAACCGAAACCAAAACGUGGCGCUGAUAAUCCCUGGCCACAAUGGCCGCGCAUCUUCCGCGUGGAUUACGGACAUGAUGAAGUCAAAGUGAGGCAUGGUGCUGAUCCACGUGUGUUUAGCACACUGACACAGGAGUUCUUAGAUGAUGGUAACGGCCAUGUUUGUGGUGUGCGUACGAUUAACGUUGAAUGGGUGAAAGACGAUAGCGGUCGAUGGGAGAUGAAACAAAUGCCAGGCACUGAGAAAGUAUACAAAGCUGAUUUGGUUCUACUUGCCAUGGGAUUCCUAGGUCCAGAAAGGGCUAUUGGUAAUCAGCUGGAACUCAAACUGGAUGCGCGGUCCAACUUCCAAGCCAAUGAGUAUCUAACAAGUUGUUCAAACGUCUUUGCUGCUGGCGAUUGUCGCCGUGGUCAAAGUUUAGUCGUCUGGGCAAUAUCCGAAGGUCGACAGGCCGCCAAACGUGUCGAUGAAUUCUUAAACAAUGGAAACACAUCAUUGCCAGGACCUGGCGGGGUAAUUCAACCGCAGAAAUGCAUAGCUUAAGUGUAGGAAUUGAUUCAAAGGGUGAUAGAAGAUAGGCGACAAUAAAUAGGCGUAUAUUUUUAAUAAAAUGUUAUCAAUCGAUGUUCUACCUGUAGUGUUAAAUGUUACAUUAUAUAAUUGUUGAAAAAAUUUAGAUUUUAUUGCGUCAUUGAUGAUUAUAUUCGAAAAUAAAGUAAAGUUGUUCAUUAAUCAAA